CCAUGCGACGCUUGCAGACGACGUAAAUCUAAGUGUGUCACCGAGGACGGCAGCGCCAUCUGCGUCCUGUGCAAGUUCCAUGGCCAGCAGUGCACUUACCUGGAAGCACCGCAGCCCAGGAAGCGCUCUGCCAAUCCGAGCAGUGCAGCAGAAGUGCAGGUGCAGUCGCCCACCAAGCGGAGAUUCCUCAACCUCAAGCCCGGAACCGGUGUGGAAGAAUACCAUACGCUCCCCGGACCCUCGCUCCUCAAACACACUCUCGGAUUGCAGAACCGUCACCACACGGAAUACCUCGGACUCAACGCAAUCCCAGACGUCUACGGUGGCCAAAUCCUCGACCCAAGCGACUGCGCGAGCUCCCAUACCAAGAAUGCGCUGCACGACGACGUGAGGUUUGUCCAUCCACAUCAUGCAUUUCGCCUUCUGCAGGACAGCCAAACCGAGGGCUACCGCCAGGAGCAAUCUGACGUAGAUGAGAUUGAAGCUACAGCCUCUGGACACGGUCCGCAUCUCGUGCAACUGUACUUCCGUAUUGUACACCCGAGCUUUCCAAUUCUACACAAGCAUGUAUUCCUGGAGAAAUACGCACGCUCGCACCGCGAAUUUGCCCCGCCUUUAUUAGCUGCAGUGUAUCUGCUCGCGUCCGGAUACUGGUCUUACGAUGAGAAAUUGGCCAAGAGUCGCAGGAUAGACACCGCGGCCCUCCAAAAUCUAGCCUUCAGUGCGCUGCAAAAUACUAUGCGGAGACCAAAGCUGUCCACCAUUCAGGCCGGUCUACUGCUCUCUCAAUGGCAAAAGGCCUUCAUGGGCUCGCCAUACGAGCAGCGCGAUCGUCUGACCGUGCAGCUCGUCAAUCUCUCACAUGGCCUUGGUCUCCAUUUGGACUGCUCGUACUGGGACAUCCCUGAUUGGGAGAUUGGCCUGAGGAGACGUAUUGGUUGGGCGCUGUAUAUGCAAGACAAGUGGACAGCGCUAUUGGAAAGUCGCCCAUCACUUAUCAGUCAAGAUGAAUGGGACGUGGAAGAACUGUCAGAAAUCGACUUCCCUGACACUACCGAGGACGACCAGGAAGGCAGUAGCGAGGUCGAGCGCGGCCGCUUGGUCUUUCAGCACAUGGCUCGCCUGUCCGUAAUACUAGGUGAGAUUCUGAGAACCAUUUUCUCGGCAAGAGCGAGAAAGGUUCUCGACGCUGCGCCUAACAGGCUUGAGCAUCUGUUGGAAUGGAUCAAACCGGUUCAGAUCAGGUUGAAGGAAUGGUUUCUGACAUUGCCUGACUCGCUCAAGAUGGAUACAGCAGCUUCUAUGAAGCUCUCCUCCGUCGGCUAUCUCCGUUUGUCCUACCUCACUGUGGAAGUUUGCAUGCAUAAGAACCUUAUCCGAGCCCUCGUGGCCACAGACCACCCUGCUCCAACAGUUACGCAAGUCUGCAGAAGCGCUGCCAACGAACGCUUCACUAAUGCUACCGACUUCAUUCAGCGACUUCAGGCGCAGCAUUUGCACUCAUUCUGGUACUUUGCCUCCGCUAAAUGUUGUGCGCUGAUCCAUUCAUUUGGUCAGAUCCUGGCCUCCACUGCUCUCGCUGAAGAAGAGCAGGUCUUGUACUCACGCAAGCUGAAGGAAUUCAAAUGGGCAUUGAAAGUCAACAGUGAGGCAGGAGCAAGCUUUAUGAAGCAAGCCUUGAUCUUGAUCAACCACUCGGUCCGUCUAAUACAGCAAGGACCCGAGAAUGGGACGACGAACACAAGCCCCGCGUCGGUUGGAUUUCAG